UUACACUACACAUCGGACCACAGGUUGCUAGGUGUCUGUCAAAUAAUAUUUUUUCACACGUGUUUAUCAUUUGUAUCGACCAACGUUAAUCACCUACCCUGCGCAUGCGGUUGGGUUACAGUGAAAGGUCAGAAGAAAAUAAAACAUUCAGCAUCAGCUGGAGCAUCAUGCCGUCCGCCUGUGACUCGCUGAUUGACGACAUUGAGGACAUGGUGUCCUCUAGCGACCCCACACCUCUUGAGAGACAGUCUGCUAGAAAGAGCAUCAUGCCGAGGUCCAGGAAGAAAAAAGAACCUCUGAACCAGGAGGAGCUGCAAACUGACAGUUUAAUCCCUGGCACCCAAAAAAUCUGGAUGAAAACAUGGGGCUGCAGUCAUAACAACUCAGAUGGAGAGUACAUGGCCGGACAGUUAGCUGCCAGCGGAUACAAGAUGACAGAUGACCCAACAGACGCAGACCUGUGGGUGCUCAACAGCUGUACCGUGAAAAACCCAGCAGAGGACCACUUCAGGAACUCAAUCAGAAAAGCCCAGGAACAACAGAAGAAGGUGGUAGUAGCAGGUUGUGUUCCCCAGGCUCAGCCACGGAUGGACUACCUCAAAGGACUCAGCAUCAUCGGGGUCCAGCAGAUCGAUCGUGUGGUGGAAGUAGUGGACGAGGCAGUUAAAGGCCACUCAGUUCGUCUGCUGGGUCAGAAGAAAGAUGGAGGCCGCAGGCUCGGAGGUGCUAGACUGGAUCUGCCAAAGAUCAGGAAGAACCCUCUCAUUGAGAUCAUCUCCAUUAACACAGGGUGUUUGAAUGCGUGUACCUACUGUAAGACUAAACAUGCCAGAGGAGACCUGGCCAGCUAUCCCAUCGAGGAGCUAGUGGAGAGAGCCAGACAGUCUUUCCAGGAGGGAGUGUGUGAGAUCUGGUUGACCAGUGAAGACACAGGUGCUUACGGUAGAGACAUAGGCACAGACCUGCCCACAUUGCUGUGGAGAUUGGUGGAAGAGAUUCCUGAAGGAGCCAUGCUGAGGCUGGGUAUGACCAACCCCCCGUAUAUCCUGGAACACCUAGAGGAGAUGGCUAAGAUAUUGAAUCAUCCGCGCGUCUAUGGCUUCCUCCAUGUUCCUGUGCAGUCGGCCUCAGACAGCGUUCUGAUGGACAUGAAGAGAGAGUAUUGCAUCGAUGACUUCAAGAAGGUGGUGGACUUCCUCAAAGAGAAGGUCCCGGGUGUGACCAUUGCCACAGAUUUAAUCUGCGGUUUUCCUGGUGAGACAGAAAAAGACUUCCAAGAGACGGUAGAAUUGGUGAAGCUCUACCGAUUCCCCAGUCUGUUCAUCAACCAGUUUUACCCCAGGCCCGGUACACCUGCCGCCAAGAUGGAGCAAGUACCAGCGCAUGUGAAAAAGCAGAGGACUAAAGAGCUGUCUCAACUCUUCAAAUCUUACAACCCCUAUGACCACGAGGUAGGGGAGAGGCAACAUGUGCUGGUGACGGAGGAGUCAUUUGACGCCCAAUACUAUGUGUCUCACAACAAGUUCUAUGAACAGGUGCUGGUGCCUAUGAGGGCUGAGUUUAAAGGAAAGAUGAUCGAGGUGGACAUUUAUGAGGCAGGAAAACACUUCCUGAAAGGCCGACCAGUAGAAGACAGCAAGCCCUUCACUCCCUCCAUUGCUGCCCCACUGCAGAAAGGAGAGGUGUCUGGCAUGACGCAGGAACCGAUGGCUAAUGGCUUCCAAGGUCCCUCUUCAAUGUCUUCUCCAUCUCAUCUGUUGAUCGGUUCCUACAGUGUGGACAGGGAAGUAUUGAAAAAGCUGAUAAUCGGGGUCACCCUGAUAGCAGCCAUCUUGUCUUAUAUCGUAGAGAAACUGUACACAUAGAGUAAAUGCCAACUAAAGAAGUUGGUGGAGCAGGGGGAGGUCAGUGGCAUCACUGGACCCCAAACUGUUUGUUGGAGGCGGGUGAUUUCUAUUGAUAAAACUGUGACUGUAAAUCCCGUGUAACGUACUCCACAUUCUCUUUUUCAACUGAUUAACCACAAGAAGAGGUCAGUGUCACCUUCACACAUGUAUAGUUUAUUUCAAUGCUCGGUGAGAAAUGUCUUUUUUUGGUACAGUUAGAUUUUAAAAUAAACUGAGACCUUUUAAGUAAGGGGUGUAGUUGUACUAUGAUUUCAUAUUACUCCGCUGGCUCCAAGCAAAGUGAUGUUCGGGUCUUCUUCUGUCAUUGAAGGAUGAGUAACUGCAUGGGCAAAGACAGGUCAGCAGUCUCUAUGGACCUUAGUAAACACUUUUUAUAGAAGUAUUUUUGGUACAAAUAACACCCAAGGUAAACUUGAUUUAAAUAUAACCUAUUUGACGUUUCAUAUUUCAUAGUUUGGUAAAGUGUUUUGGAUCAUGUUUUCGGGUCUAUGAAGCUGUUGCAAGGAUAAAUUAAACACAACUCUAUUAUUUAAUACUUGCGGAAAUCCCCGCAACAGAAGUGAGGAUGAUGAUGCUGUCGGUCCCGGUUCAGCCUGCUGAGUUACAGAGUGAUUCUCAAUAGAUGAUCCAGCAUGUUUUGUACUGAGCGUGUCGAUUUCCAAAUAGUUUGUUAUAGAGUUGUGCUUACUUUAAAGAAUGGUAUUUUAUUCUGUGUAAAAGGGUGUGUGUAAUACUUUGGUUAAGCUUAUUUUUAACCUUCAGUUCAAAGUAUUUAUUUUUGAAUAACCGACAUAGAAAGUAUAUUUUCAGAUCUUCAUAACACACUUCUUUCUUUGAGACUUUGAAGCGGUUUUACACCUGUUUUAGUUUUUUUUUGUCAUGUGAUCUCUGUGGCUUUUGUUUGUAAUCUUCAGUUGUUGCCUAAUACUGACCCAUUAUUUUAUCUUAAAGAAUACCAUGUGAUUUGUUUGAUCUGCAUGUGUCGGUGCAACCUGAAAGUAUUGUUUCCAAACUGUCUCACUGACCUGUAGUGUCUUUAGCUGCCAACCCAAUACAAUGAAGGUGAACAUGGACAAAUGUAUCAGGAAUGUGUAUACAUUGCUAAAUACCACUUUAGGGGAAUAAUAUCUGUUUUGCUUUAUUAGAAAUUCAGAUGAAGUGACCCUGUGAUACAAAUACUCUGUUUUUCUUUGGGUUAGUUGUGUUGUACAAAAUCUUAGUCAGAAUUAAGGCAGAGGUUUUUAGUUGUAUUAGUAUUGUCGCGACCAUCGAAACCUGUCAAUAAAGGAAAACACAUUUUGUGACGUGAAAUAAUUGA